AUGCAGGCAGCUGGUGAGCUGAAGGCAGAGCCCCGGAGUCUGCUGGCGGGAGUUGUGGCUACAGUGCUAGCUGUCCUCGGGCUGGGUGGCUCCUGCUAUGCCGUCUGGAAGAUGGUGGGGCAGCGGCGGGUGCCACGGGCCCCGUAA